UUUAGCUCUAAGACAGACCAGCAAGGUGGCAUUGAAAGAUUCUUUGCCUUGGAUGAAACAUCCUGAUUCAAAAAGCGUUCCUUUAUCACCAAUCAUCUACUAGCUAGGAGUCACAUCUACAAGUAGUACUGCCAAAUCUGGAUAAAUUCCUUCCAAACAAAACAGAACAUAGACAGUACAGCAGUGAAAGAACAUGGGUGCAAUGGAACUACCAAUCGCAUCACUCCUCUUGCUUUUCGUAACGUUUGAAGCGGUUGCGGCGGUCAGCUACUGCCCGCCAUUCUGGACACACUACGAGCUCGACCAUGGGAUAUUCUGCUAUAGAUUCUUUGGGAAGCGCGCGACCUGGUCUGAAGCAGAGGUCACAUGUGCAGGGUUUUCAUCAUGCAAGGGAGAGGAGAUGGCUCAUAUCGUUUCCAUGACGUCCGCUGAAGAGGAGAUGUUUAUUACAGAGUACAGGCAGAGCAUCAGUGGAAUGUAUGGUGGUGGUGACCCAGGGAUGUGGAUAGGUUUCUCAGACCGUGGUGACGAGGGCCAAUGGGGCUGGUUGGACAAGUCACCAGUCAACUAUACCAACUGGCACAGGGGCGAACCCAGCGACUCUGCCCACAUGGAGAACUGCGCCCGUCAGAUCGUCCCUAUGAUGGGUAUAGCAGUCUGGGUGGAUUCAUCUUGCAAUGAGAAACACCCCUACGUGUGUAAGAUGCCAGCACAAUAGUCUCUUCUUCUUCAAGAUAACAAAGUGGAAGAUUGUACCAUGACAGGAUUUCAGAAGAAAAUUGCAAUUUGAUCUAUUUUACCACACAUACUAUAGACUAGUCCAGAAUCUGGCCAAUUUUAUU